AGGUUCUCACAGGCUGAAGCUUUCUGCUUUUGGUCUAUAGCAGACGCAUGCAAGCCUAUGUACUCAAACCUGUACAAUCUAUGGGAAAUACGUACUUUAUGUACUCGUUUUAAUGCGCGAGCCGAUUGUUUAGCAUGGAUGAGAUGAAGAGGGAGAACGAGGCGCUGAGGGCGAAGCUGCGCAGCUGCUCUACACUCAACACAUUUUACCACGAAACACAACAAGAAAUUGCUCGUUUAAAUCACUUGGUUACAUCCAAAGACGGAAUUAUCGCUGAUUUAAAGGCAAGACUUGGGAAGUAUGAGAAAACCGUGGUCAUUGAGGGAGAAGAGCCUUAUAUUGUAGGGCCGUCGAAAUCUCUAAUCGAGAGUUUGUGUAAGGAAAUUUGCAAAUUAAAGCAAAAACUCAAGGAAUCAGAGGCGGACACCGCCCAGAUAUUGGAAACCAGUAAAACAGAGAUUCAGCGAUUGCAAGAAAAAGUGGAGGAGAAGGAUCAAGAGCUAAAGGCCAUCAGGGAAAGGCCCGAGCAGGAGAAAGAAAGGGAGAUCCAGCAACUGCGCUCCACCUUGGCCGAAAGGGAUCGGACACAGGCCACGAGGGCCGUCCUUUGCACCUCUCUCGCUGAAGAAGCCGAGCAGUUGAGGGCCCAACUGGGGGCCACCGUGCAGGUGUGCCAGGAGCUUUUGGGGCGCAUGGAGAAAGAGAAAAGCAAGACAGCCAUGACAGAUCAGAGAGCUCAAAUUAAUGAGACAACAGAUUCCCCUGAAGUUCCCCAUCUAAAUGUCAUCAUCAACAAGUUAGAAGAAGAGAAUGACCAGCUUAAAAAGAGAGUUGCCUAUGUGGAAAGUUUAAACUCAAAGUGGCAGAAGUAUGACUCCAGUAGAGAGGAGUAUGUGAGGGGAUUGUGUCAAAAGUUGAAAGAGUCAAACGGUCUGGCAUCCGCAGGUCCGACCCUGACGCAAACUCAGGGUGCGGGCAGCAAGGCUUUGUUCCAGCAGGAGAUCGCGCGGCUCAACGGCCUCCUGCAGGACAAGAUGAUUGAGUGCGAGAGACUCAGCAGAGAGAGGGAUGACAAUACAAGAAGAGACCAGGAGCGCAUUCAGAUGCUUGAGCAGCAGGUUCUGGCCUAUAUUGAGGACUUCAAAUCGGAGAGGGCAGACCGAGAGAGGGCUCAGGGUAAAAUCCUGGACCUUCAAGACGAAGUUGGGCGACUUCAACUGCAAAUACGCACACAGAGUGUCCAAGACGCCUCAUCCUCACGCCGACUUCACUUGGGCCUUAAAAAAGUUCCCCACCGACAGACGGACACUGCCGAACCACUAAGGAACAGUCCCCCAGAAACAAGCUCAAAGAGGACUAUCAGUAACACUGCACCGCAGGGAGCCGCUGAACUGCAGUGCCCUCGUUGUCUAACAACAUACGACGAUGAGCACGCGGCCGAAUACCUAAACCACUGGGACGAGUGUGCCAAGCUGUGAGUCUCUCACCUCACUGACUUUUCACAGGGCACAGAAAGCACUGAGGACAAAAAUCACUACAAGCUCGCAGACUGUGGGAUGUGUGACAGGGUGAUGAUGAAGGCAGGGGCACGUUUAAACAGGAUGGAGUCGAAGGAAGAGCUUUCUUUCUUUCUUUCUUUCUUUUUUUUUCGAUUGUGGACUUGGUUGAUGUUGAGAAGGUUGCUUGUGGCAUAGGACUCAGAAUAUGACUUUGGGUUGGUCAUUUCCAGUUCAAAGGCUUACUCACAUGGCUGUCAUAGAAUGCAGAUGGUUUGGAUAUGAAAAGAUAUUCAAUCUUAAGCAUUUUCGGUUUAUAAGUCACUGGGUUUUGCCAUUUCUUUGGUGUCAUGGUUUCAAGCAUGGUACAUUCAAAUUUUGCUUAAUGCUGUAUUGCAGAUCUGUGUAUAAUCAGAUGGAUCGUAAACUUGGUAUCAUAUACCUCACUGAUAUGUAUUCUCUUUAUCAGCUGGUUUGCACUUUUUGCUAUUUUUUAUUUCCAAAUACAGAUGAUAAAAGUACAUAUUCAUUUAUAUUUAAUACAUAAGCUUCUUUAUAUAAUUCAUACUUUUUGUCAUGGUGCUAUUUGUAAAGUAUAUUGUAAUGUUUCUAAAUUUCAUUUUUUGUUUAUUUUUAGGUAUAUUAUUAUUUGCCUUGAACUUAAAUUUUAAAAUCAGAUCAUUUUAUUUGUACCAAGAAAUACAGAGCAACACAGCACACACUAUAUUAAUAAUCUAUUUGAUUAAUGUAUAUCAAACUUCAGUUUCCGAUUAUAAAUGUUAUAUGGUUCUGACAUAUAACAUGUCAUUACUUUCUGAGACUUCUAGGCACCUUUUGACUGUGAGGUACUUGCCAUUCGAUCCCCCUCUGCAGUUAAAAACAUUCUAGUUUUAAGUAAGAGAGGAAGUUCCCUACAUCCUGGUAAAUUGAGACGUGAAAUGUUCAUGUCUCAGUUGCUGCGUCUGACAAAAUGGCCUCCUAUUGCAGCACAUUUUUACAGGGUUUAAAGGCACUAACAACAAAAAUCAAUUGACGAAAAGAAAUUAUUACAGAGAUGGCAAAGUAAAACAUAGAAAUGUGAUAACUAUAAGAUGAUUUAUUUUUAUAAUAAAUUAUUUGCUUAAGGA